UUCUCACGCUCGAUGAAGACUUCUUGAUUGGGUUUGGGUAAACUGUUUGCUUUCUCUUCUCUCUCUCUGCAAGGACCAACCUGUCUUUAAAUUGAGAAAACAGGCCAAUCUUGUAAAGGAGAUGACACCUAUCCAUUUCUCAAAUGAGGGAAGGGUCACACCUCGGUUAGUUGAAUCCUCUCUAACGUAGAAGGAACGCGAGUGACGUGAUGGUGGCAAACAUGGCGAGGACAAGAAGUGCAUUCGGUUUCGCUUUCAUGAGGCUGGCGUCUUGUUUGAUGGUAUCUAGCGUGUAUGGUGAUUAUCCCCAUUUCAGCGGUCGGUACGGCGAUCAAACGCAGAAAUUCCAAGAGCUCAAGGCGUCGGUAUUUCGGCGUGAUAUGGUUUCUCUUGCAGCAUCCCCGGUCGCCGCGGGGCCACAGCCGGGGUCCCCAAGUCCAAGAGUAUAUCCGGUUACGUCGUACGGCGCAGAUCCAACAGGCGAUAAAGAUAGCACAGAUGCAUUGAUGGCGGCAAUGGCAGAUGCGGUUCAAGCUUCAGGAGAAGGUGUCUUGAUCGAGGGUAUAACUAAUCUCGGAGGUGCUCGGAUUAGCCUCGAAGGAGGAAAUUACAAGAUCAGCCGUCCCCUGCGCUUCCCAUCAGCUGGUGUCGGAAAUGUCAUGAUUCAUGGAGGCGCAUUACAUGCAUCGGAUGAUUUCCCAACUGACGGGUAUCUGAUCGACCUAUCGAGCAACUCUUCGUCGACAUAUAACUUCGAGUUCAUAACUUUUAGAGACCUCAUGCUGGACUCUAACUACAGGGGAGGAGGCAUUUUCAUUCCGAAAUCUCUUAGAACGAGCAUCGAUAAUUGCUAUAUCGCCCAUUUUACCAGCAACGGCAUAUUAGUACAGGAUGGCCACGAGACCAUGAUCAGAAACUCCUUUUUGGGCCAACACAUCACUGCAGGUGGAGACCCUGGAGAGCGUAACUUCUCCGGCACAGCCAUCAACUUAAUGGGUAACGAUAAUGCCGUGACCGACGUGGUCAUUUUCUCAGCUGCCAUCGGCAUAAUGGUGUCCGGUCAGGCUAAUGUGCUAACAGGGGUACAUUGCUAUAAUAAAGCAACGGGCUUUGGUGGAACCGGGAUCUAUUUGAAAUUGCCUGGUAACACACAAACCCGGAUACUGAAUUGUUACAUGGACUACACCGGUAUAGUCGCCGAAGAUCCGGUACAGCUCGAUAUUUCCAAUUGUUUCUUCCUUGGCGAUGCCUAUGUAGUGUUGAAAUCAAUUAACGGUGUCGUGAACGGAGUGAAUAUCAGGAACAACAUGUUCACCGGAUCGGGUAAGGGGAUCGACAUUGUCCAGCUGGAUCAAUCGAGUGGUCCUUUUAAGGAAAUUGACCAAGUUUUGAUCGACGCGAACAAUGUGAACGGGAUGACUGCGAGAUCUACGGUCGCUAGGGGUUCUGCAAAAGGGAACGGGACCUCAUGGACUGUCGAUUUCAGCUCAAUUCUUUUGUUUCCAGAUCUGAUCAAUUACGUCCAGUAUUCGUUGAGUGCAAGCAGCGGCUCUUUCCCGAAACAUUCCCUGAGGAACGUGUCGAACAACAGCGUGGUCGUCGAGUCUGAUGUUGCUGUUUCUGCCAGUGUUUUUGUCAUGGUAGAACAGGGCAAAAAGCUACCAGGUUAAGCCCAUUGAAUUCUUUGGUGUUGAAUAGCCAGCAUAAGCAAAAAAAUCUAUUUCGCCAAUCGUGAAUUGUCUGUAGGGGAAAAUGUCAAUACAAGCAAUCCAAUUAAAUUGGAACACUGUCGAAUGUGAGUUCAGAUGAGUAAUGAUGUAGGCUGUGUUCUCUCAAGUCCUGCAACGGAAAACGAAUUUUCAAGUCCAUACCAAA